UAAACGAACACAAUUAGAAGGAAAAAUAAUUUUUUCCUCAUUAUAGAAGCCGCACGAAACUCGAAAGAAAACCCUAGCCGCGUCACUUUUUCACUUUUCUUAGAAAACCGAUUUACUUUCCCGCCUCUGCGCCUCACGGAUUCACAGUCUACAGAUUCACACUUCACAGCUUCACCUUCGGAGCUUCGGUCCUUCACUCACGGCUUUCACAGUUCCCGCGGCCUUCAUUUCACAGUUCAGCCGUCGUCGCCCGUCGACAACACACCGUUCGUCCGUCCGUCGACUCCUUCCGUCCGACCGAGCGACACCAGGAGGCAGGAUUUGUCUUGUGAAAGAUGAGUUUAAUAUCUCAAAAGAUUCUCCCUAAAAGUAGAGCCAACAAGACAAAAAGGGUGGAUGCUGAUGAGCCUUCAUUUCUGCCAGGGAAUGAAGACACCGGAAAUGGAGAUUUGGAUGUUUUAAGGGUGAAUAAGAGAAAGAAAGAACGCAAGGAAGAGGAUGAGAAGUUGGUAAUUGAGCAAGAAAGAGAAAUGAAGAAGCUGGAGAACUCUUUGUUUGGUUCUCUGUAUUCCCCUGUUGAGUUUGGGAAGGAAGAUGAGGACAUUCAAGACAGAGCUGAGAAAGGUUCUGCUUUGUUUUUCAUGGACCGUUCUGCAAAUAGUAUGCUCUCUGUUUAUGAAGAGGAUGGAGAAUUCUUAGAAAGAAGUAAUGAUGAGGAGGAAACUAAGCCAAGAAAACCUGUAUGGGCAGAUGAGGAAGAGCAAAAAACCAAAAUAAAUAUUGCUCAAGUUAACAGAUUAAGGAAACUGAGGAAGGAAGAGGAUGAGAGUUUAAUUUCUGGUUCAGAGUAUGUAUCGAGAUUGAGGGCCCAACAUGCUAAGCUGAACCCCAGAACAGAGUGGGCCCAAUUCGAUUCAUGGGCAAAGCAUGAUUCAUCUUUUGAUGAUGAGUCAUCGGAUGAAGAAAAUGGGGCAGUAGUGGCCCGUGGUUACGAGGAUGUUGAAGUUGUUGAAGAUAUCCUUCGAACAAAUGAAGACCUUGUUGUGAAAAGCAGUACAAAAUUGUUGCCUGGACUUCUUGAAUACUCAAGACUUGUAGAUGCAAAUGUAGAGGAUCCUUCUAAGGGUCCAAUAAAUUCAGUUCAGUUCCAUCGAAAUGCUCAAUUGCUACUUGUUUCAGGAUUGGAUCGAGGGCUCAGAUUUUUUCAAAUUGAUGGCAAACGCAAUACCAAGAUACAAAGUAUCUUCCUUGAUGAUUGCCCCGUUCGAAAGGCAUCUUUCUUACCUGAUGGGUCUCAGGUUAUUAUAGCAGGAAGGAGAAAGUUCUUCUACUGCUUCGAUUUAGUAAAAGCAAAAGUCGAUAAAAUAGGUCCCCUGGUUGGCAGGGAGGAGAGGAGCUUGGAACUCUUUGAGGUUUCCCCUGAUUCUAGUACGAUUGCCUUUGUGGGAAAUGAAGGUUAUAUCUUGCUGGUUUCUACCAAAACGAAGGAACUGAUAGGGACACUAAAGAUGAAUGGAACAGUUCGGUCUUUAGCUUUUGCUGAUGAUGGGCAGCAAUUAUUGAGCUCUGGUGGUGAUGGCCAGGUGUACCACUGGGAUUUGAGAACGAGGGCUUGCUUCCAUAAGGGUGUAGAUGAAGGUUGCAUGAAUGGUACGGCUCUCUGCACUUCCCCAAAUGGCAAACUAUUUGCAGCCGGUUCAGACAGUGGGAUUGUUAAUAUUUAUAACAGAGAGGAGUUCUUAGGGGGCAAGAGAAAACCUAUCAAGACCAUAGAAAAUCUAACCACCAAAGUGGAUUUUCUGAAAUUUAAUAAUGAUGCUCAAAUAUUGGCUAUUUCUUCUAGCAUGAAGAAGAACAGUUUAAAGUUGAUCCAUGUCCCGUCGUUUACUGUGUUCUCGAACUGGCCUCCACUUAACAAGUCCCUACAUUAUCCACGCUGUUUGGAUUUCAGUCCCGGCGGUGGUUUCAUGGCCAUGGGAAAUGCUGGUGGAAAAGUGUUGUUGUACAAGUUGCAUCACUACCUUCAUGCAUAGAGCGAAUGUGACAUAUUCAAUGUCUGGUCGCUCAGCCCUGCUUUCAUCCCCACAUAUCGGAAGCAUCAUUUGUCUGAGGCCCCAAUAUGAAAUGAUUGUAUCUCUUCUUUUUCUUUGCUCGGGUUUUGGUUGGGUGAGGUUUCAGAUUAUUAGUGGAUGGAGUAAUGUCUGGAAUUCUUUAUUUAUUUGAGUAAAUCAUGGCUUAUGUUUAGAAUCACUUGAUAAUUGCCACAGGCUACAAAUUUGUGAUUUCCAAGUGAGGUUUUUGUGCCAGGAUUUGUACCUGGCGGAUUUUCUUUUUUGGUUGUUUUCUUGUGAGUUUAGCCUUGUGAGCUAGCCAUCAUAUUUGGCUGAAUUUAGAAGUUGCCCUUUCUGAAUUAAAUCCAACAGACUGGCCACACUUGCUUAUACGGAA